AGCGCGUCGCCCACGGGAAACAAAAUGGCGGAAGAAGAGACAUCUGCAGAAGCCUUGGUGAGCCUACGAGGUAUUGGAUCUCCAUUCAGCUCGCCGGCAAAACGUAGCACUCCGCCACGGUCCAAGAAAAGAACUCGACAGACUGAUGAUAGUGUAGAAGAUUCUGACUUAGACAGAGGCACAGAUGAAGGGGAAUACUCACUUUCCUCCCCAAGAACUAGGAGAAUGACAAAAGCAGCUUCUCUGUUAUUUGGCAAUGGAAGUACAGACAAGAAGCUUGCCAAGGCUUCCUUUGCUAAGCUGCAGAACCUUUUGAAGUUACCCAAAGCAGCAAGAUGGUGUUAUUUUGAAUGGUUCUACUCCAGCUUAGACAGAGUGUUAUUUCAAGGUGACAACGACUUUGAUGUUUGCCUGAGGGAAUCAUUUCCAAAUUUAAAGACUCGCAAAUUACGUCGUGUUGAGUGGAGGGAAGUUAGAAGACUAAUGGGUAAACCAAGGAGAUGUUCUCCAGCAUUUUUCUUGGAAGAGCGGCAAGCCUUGGAAGAGAAGAGACGAAAGAUUCGCAUGCUUCAGCAACGAAAGGUUACUGAACUUAGCAGGUUCAAGGAUUUACCCGAUGAGGUUCCAUUACCUUUGGUUAUUGGGACAAAGGUUACAGCCCGCCUGCGUGGGCCUCAUGAUGGCCUUUUUACCGGUCAGAUAGAUGCAGUUGAUACUGUGAACUGCUCUUACAGAGUUACUUUUGAUCGCCCAGGCCUUGGAACACAUUCAGUUCUUGAUCUUGAAGUCUUGAGUGAAGAGCCACAUGACACCAUGCCCAUAUCAUCAUUUCUUCAAAAAGAACGGCCAAGAACAGCAGCAUUCACUCCUGCAUAUACACCACCAAGGCUUCUUCCUGCUGGUAGUGACUUGAAUAGCCCAAAUAUGGUUCAUGAUCCUCUUAUAGGAGCAUCACCUGGAAGGUUACGACUUCAAGAUGCAAUCUCUCAACAAGGACAAGGUGGCACUCUUGGUGGUUUUCCAAUCAGGUUUCUCAUCCUUGUGACAAGAUUAUCAAAGAUCUUACUUGUCAAGAAAGAAUGCAUUGAAAAGUUACGAGAAAUGAACACACAAGCUCAGAAGAUGAAAUCCUAUCAGGAGCCCAUUGAUAAGGAGUUCCAGAGGCGCUAUGCCUCUGUUGUAUUGGAGUUAGAGCGGCUUAACAAGGAUCUCAAUGAGUAUUUAACAGGUGUUCAGGAGUAUUGUCAAGAGCUGGCCCCUGAACAAGGAGUUCAAUCGAUGGAUCCUUCCAUCAGUGUUAAAAGAAGAUGUGAUGAAGAGGCUGCCAGAGUAGUGGAAGACAAUAAUGCAAACAUGGGCCUAAAUGCUCUCACAAGUCAGCCUUUGGUGCAGAUUGUCAGUAAUUUAACUUCUCUCAUGCUUCAAAUUAAGUCUUUAGCAGAGAAUGAUCUCAAUACCUUUGAGUUCAAAUCUUUAUCUGAUGCAGUGGAUGAAAUCAAGAAAACUAUAGACCCCUCAAACAUUAGCUGUUUUCAGAACAAUGUAGAGAUCCAUGUAGCUCACAUCCAGUCUGGUCUUAGUCAGAUGGGAAAUCUACAUGCGUUUUCAUCAUCUGCUGGGCCUUCAUAAGAUAUGUUUUGCAGCACAUAAAUCAUGGGUAGACAACAACUCUUAGUCAACAUGUAUGCUACAUUGAGACAUGAAAAUAAAAUCCCACUCAAACAUGAUUAGAUAAUUAUUUAGAACUUCAUUUUUGAAAUAGGCUUUUUGCGCCAACUACUUAAAAUGACUAGUCAAACCUGCUGUCUUCAGCAUUUUAUUUAAACAAAUGCAGUUGUUAAAUAAUUAUUGUAAAGAAAAGUUGCAGUUAAUACUGUGGUGAAUUGUGGUGAAUUGACUUGAAAUGAGGUGUAAUUGUUUGUCACAAGAUGUGGUUGUUUCUCAAUACUGAAUCCACAUUGGAGGCUACAUACACUUCUCCAAUCCAUGUUGUGAUUCACUCUGGAGAUGACACAUGCUUCUCAGCUCCACAUUGGAGAUGACACAUGCUUCUCAGCUCCACAUUGGAGGUGACACACACUUCCUAGCUCUGCAUUGCAAUCCACAUUAGAGGUGGCUACUUUGUGAGACAAACAGUUUUACUUCAUUUCAAAUGCACAUGGAUAUAAUGGAAAAGGUUCAUAAGAAAUUAUGAAAAGAGGGUCUGUAAUAACCAAUAAUACUAGCUUAUGUUUUUAAUACAAACAUAUUCCUGUUAACAUUUGACUGGAUGAGUGGUUAGAAAUGCACAACCUUUUGAUCGAAUCUAUUUCAUUAAAGUUGUGAUUUUUCUGAUUAUAUACAUGAAUAAAGUCAUCUAUACUUUUUCUGCAAA